UUCUAUCUUUCCACGUGCGUUUUCCCGGCCGAAACACGCGUUUCUUCAAGUGUCGUUGCUUGUAUUUGCAAUAAUUAAUUUGUGACUGCAAAGAAAAUUGAUAUCAUGGCAUUGAAAAAGAACUCACUUGUAACCGCAAAAGCCGCCGCUAAGAAAGGGGCAAACGGAGUUAAAAAAAUAGCUUCGAAGCGCGGGGCUAAGUUGGAGGAAGAAAACCUGGCCUCCCAGAUUCCAAACAAGAAAUCGAAAAAGCCUGUUAAGGAGAUUCUUCAAUCAAGUGAGGACGAGUCUGGCGCUGAAGAAGACGUUGUUGCCCAAAAUGAAAAUGAGAGCGACUCGGAGCCUGAAGGUGCAUCUGAUUUAAUCGACGAGGAAGCUGAGGAAGGUGAUGAAGUCGAAAGCGAGGAGGAAGAUGAGGACGAUGAUGAGGAUGAGGAUGAAGAAGGCGAUGACGACGAGAUUGAACCGGGCCAGGUUAAAAGCACUGUUGUGGCAGGCGAAGACGAUUCAGACGAAGACGAUGAUGAGCCACCCACUGAAGAGGUCAUUGCCAAGAAAGAUGGCAAAAAAAUUGAAACAGCUGGAAAAAAGGAAGGCAUUCCUAAAAUACCUUCAGGGCGUCCACCUCCAGAUACACCAAGCAAUCAGAUCCUUUACGUGGUUAACUUGCCGCCAGAUUUUAAGCACAGCGACGUGGUUGCUUUAUUCACCAAAUUCGGUCCACUUUUAAGCAUUCAACGCCUCAAGAGCAAGCUUGGAAACAAUGCUCUUGUAAGUUUUGAGACCGCUGAAGGCGCUAAUGCUGCCCUGGCAGCCCAACCCAAGGCUUUGACUUUGAAUGGUAAAGUUUUAAGCGUUACGUUAAGCCGAGAUACCUCAGAUGUAAACAAGCGUACAGUGGUAGUUGGCUUGUUUGGUCCCAAGGUUACCAAGGAGGAUUUAAGAACCUUUUUCGAAAAAGUUGGUCAAGUGGAGGAGGUGGUAGUUACAUCAAACCGUAACAAUCCAAAAGCCUUUGUACGUUUUGUAUCUAUUGAUGAUAUUCCCAAGGCGCUUAAGCUGCACAACUCUGAGCUUUUCUCCCGAUUUAUCACUGUGCGAUCGCACUAUCACUGGCAGACGGCUGUUAAGACUCCAGAACUCACCCUGGUCCUCGACAAUACGGGCAAAUACGAGUCAUAUAACUCCGAUACCAUUGAGAAGAUCUUUCAGAAGUUCGGUGAUAUCGAGUUCGUCGAAGUUGUGUGCACCAAUUCUGUGCUAGCGUUUAUCAAGUACAAGGAGCCAGAAUCUAUAACAAAGGCUUUGACCCUAAACGGAACGACUGUUGAUAAUUUAGUAUUGAAAUUGUCACGAUUCGAGGUUUCUAAUAAGAGCAUUUUGAUUACAAAUUUAGCCUCAGAUGCCACUGAAAGUGAUAUUCGAGAGGUGUUCCAAAAGAGCGGCGAGAUCGACAGUGUGCAAAUAUUUACAAACAAGGCAUUGGUAAAAUUCACUACCGAAGAUGGCUUUUGUCGGUCAUUUCUACUCAACGAGCAUCGGAUCAAAAAACAACCCAUUUUUAUUGAACCUAACUCACUGCUGAAGCACGCAAUCCUGAGAAAACGCAUCCCUUCGACUAAUCCGCAGACUAAUAAGUUUGGCAAGAGGCCCUUUAACAAGCGCCCUCAAAAUAACAAUUACGCUAAGCCGUUUGCUAAGAGGCCCAAGAAGUUUUAAGGAUUUCUACUAAACUACAUUAUUUUUAAAAUUGUCGUACCAUAUUGGAUAAGUGUUCCCACUUCCAAUUUAGUAUAUAAGUCUGUAAUAUCCAAGUGCUUUCAAACAAUGCAAGAUUAAGUUGCAAAAACUUAAUGAUAAGUUUAUCAUUUUCA